AGGAAAGUAUGGAUUCUCACCUUACUCCAUUUCGAGUUCUUGCAAUUGGACAAGAUGAAGGGAACUUGUUAUUGAGGACCAUGUAUUUCCAAAUGACUUGUUCUCAUUCCAUUGGAAAAAGAACAUCACAAUAUUGUAAGUUACCUACAAAAGUUCCACCCUGACGAACAUGGCCCAUUUGGUUGAUGAACUCUACUCACUUGAUCUUGAUGCCUUAAAUGAUCUUCAGCCAAUUUAUGGGCUUAUAUUAUUGUACAAAUGGCGACCUCCAGAAAAAGAUGAGCGCCCUGUUAUCAAGGAUGCGGUCCCAAAUGUAUUCUUUGCUAAUCAGAUAAUUAACAGCGCAUGUGCAACCCAAGCUAUUGUUUCUGUUCUGUUGAACUCUUCUGGCAUCACCCUUAGCGAGGACCUCAAAAAGCUCAAGGAGUUUGCAAAGGACAUGCCGCCGGAGCUCAAAGGAUUGGCUAUAGUGAAUUAUGAAAGCAUUCGUAUAACCAGUAACUCGUUUGCAAGGUCAGAUGACUACUCUGAGGAACAGAAAUCCAAGGAUGAUGAUGUCUACCAUUUCAUUAGCUAUGUUCCUGUUGACGGCGUCCUGUAUGUUCCUGUUGACGGCGUCCUGUAUCUUCCUGUUGAUUGGCUAUGUGCAUGUUUAUAAACAUAUUUUCAUUGUGGUGUAAUAUGUGUUUAUCUUGAACCUUCUUGUGGGUGUGAGGAUAAUAAUUGAAUAUUUUUAGAGCUGGUAGUAUAUAUUGUUUUGACUGCACAUCAUUUUACCAACAAUUUAACUAUCGACAAAGUAAAUAUAUGUCCGCAUAGGUAUGGUGUACCUUGAUAGACUAUAUGUUGGCAUA